CCGGACCGGAGCAUAACUUUCCCAACAUAAAACCACCACCAUGUACUGCUUUUCCAUCCCAAAUCAACAUUGGUCUUUCCGUCCUUCUCUUUCACUCGCUUUCUCAAAACCUCAACCACCAACAAUAGCUUUCCCAAUUUCCCUCUCUGUUUGUCUUUUUGUCGUAAUCAGGGGGAUUUCUGCAUUCUUAUAUCCAUUGAGUUCGACUGAUUAUCAGAAGAAGACAAACAAGGUUUUAUAAAGAGAUACUGCAGAGAAGAAAAACGCACCCAAUAUAAUGAAGAGGAGGUUAUGCACUGCCUCCGAUGAUGAUGAUGAUGAUAGUAGCAGUAUGCCAAGUUGGGAAGGGAAGAAUAAUGGUAUUAAAGUAGACACUCUUCUAGAAAAGCUGAUUGAUUCUGUUCUUUUCUUCAACGAUAAGUUGGAGGGACUGAGCGACCGAGUCAAUACGCUAGAAGAAAAAGUGAACGAAGAAAUUAUGCUUGGCAGGAAGGAAAGGACUGAGUUCAUGAAUGUAGUGAAGUCGGAGUUGGCGAAAUUAAAGAAAUCCCAAGAAGAGGAACAUACAGUAUUUGUCAAUUCUCAUCUAGUUUCAAAGUUAUCAAAUCUGCCAAAGCCGGUGGAAGAUAAAUUACCUGUGGAUAUUGCCAGCAGCAGUGAAGGGUGGAGUCCCGAGACUUUGGAUGUGCAGGAGCUAAGUGGGCGGGAUAAGAAUUCAGAUGUGCAGCAACCAAAUGAUGGAUUACGCAGUGGAACAAGUGGGCGGGAUAAGAAUUCAGAUGUGCAGCAACCAAAUAAGGGUGGAAGCUGGAUGCCUGAAACUAGUCCUUUGGAUGUGCAGGAGCCAAAUGUGCGGGAUAAGCAUUUGAAUAAGCAGAAACCAAAAGAGCGAAAAUGCAGUGGAAGCUGGAGGCGCGGGACUAAUCAUUUGGAUGUGCAGCAGACAACUGUCCGGGAUAAGCAUUUGAAUAUGCAGAGACCAAAUGGGUGCGGAAGCUGGUUAAAUGUGCAACAACCAAAUGGGCGAGGCAGUCAGUUGAAUGAGCAACAACCAAAUCAGGAUAAUAGAUAUUUGAAUACGUCGAAUUGCACCAAAAGCAACAUCACUCCUAGUGAGGACCGUUGGAAGCCACCCGGUGAAAAUGUUAUAAAAGUAAAUGUGGGUGUUGUUGUUAGCUCCUGGGAUAGAGCUGCUUGUGGAGUCGUUGCCAGAGAUCAUUUGGCUGAGUACAAAGGGUGUUGCAGUGAAUUUUUGUCGGUCCAUAGCUUUGCGGAAGGUGAAGCCGAAGCUUUUCUUUCUGGAGUUAAAUUUGCUGUUAGCAAUGAUUUGAAAAAUGUUAUUAUUGAGGGUGAUGCUCAGAAUAUCAUUACAAUUUUAAAUGAUGCUAAUCACCCUGUGCCUUUUCGCAUUAAACCCGUGAUAAAGAAGAUCAGACAGCUGGCAGGCAGCAUUCCUUCCAUCGAGUUCAAAUUCAUCAAGAAAAGUGGCAACAUGGUUGCUCAAACUCUAGCUAGCUAUGCCAAGUCCGACAGGAUUGCUGAAACACGGUUAUCCUCUCCCCCUCCUAUUAUUACGAAACUCUUAAAUGCUGAGAGCUGCUUGUGGAGUCGCUGCCAAAGAUCAUUUGGCUGAGCUCAAAGGGUGUUGCACUGAAGUUUUGUUGGUCCAUAGCUUUGUGGAAGGUGAAUCCGAAGCUUUUCUUGCUGGAGUUCAAUUUCCUGUCAGCAGUGAUCUGAAUAAUGUUGUUAUUGAGGGUGAUUCCAAGAAUAUCAGUUCAAAUUCAUCAAGAAAAGUAGCAACAUGGUUGCUCAUACUCUAGCUAGCUAUGCCAAGUCCGACAUGAUUGCUGAAAUACGGUUAUCCUCUUCUCCUAUUAUCAAGAAACUCUUAAAUGCUGAGAGUAAUUGUUAGGUUUUUUUCCUUUUUGUUUUUUGGUAUCCAAAAGACAGGAAAAGAAAGAAAGUGGCAGCUUCUGAUUGGAGUACGAAUGUAAGUUGGAUAGUGAUUAAACGUAUGAUGAUUCUGGUAGUCUGUGUUUUAUUACUAGGUGUCGCGGAAUCCUGUACUAGCUGCUUUCCUUUCCUUUCUCCUUUUAAAGAAUGUUGGUUUUGCUGUGGUCCUCCAGUAUGCAAGGAGUAUCCUUUUUAAUGUUUUUCGUUUGAUUGUAAAUAGUUCCUCUCUUUCUCGU